GCGACAUCGUAAGCUAGAUAGACGCUUUCUCUUUUCUCAAGUUUGGCCAUCAUCGCCUUGUUGUCUCACAUAGCUCUAAAUUUUGCCGUUCUUCUCGUUGUGCUUUGGAUCCUCUACGGCAUAAACUUCGCGGAGUGGCGAUGGCGCUGGUAACAAAAGCUGAUAUUCGGCUUCACUUAUUAUGCAUAUUCUUUGCGAUUGGCUCAUUCGUCUGGGGCUAUAAUGUCGGAAUUCUCUCAUCUGUUCUGGUCCAUCCAGGGUUCCUUAAGGCGAUGGGCCAUCUUACGCCGUCGCGAAAGGGAGUAAUUACAGCUAUCUAUUACUUGGGAACAUGGUAUGGCUACACCUCUGUAUCCUGUAUCCUCUACUCCUUAGAUAUACUAACUAAGCUGUAACCUAGUGAGUCAUUUAUACCCUACUAAAUCUGCUUGAUAUCUCAUAUGCCACUCUAUAAGUUUGAAUGAUAUGGUAUUUCAUAGUUCUUGAAUUAGAAACCAUGAGCUUUCACGAGCUAAACGCUACGCUCCUGAGUAAAGCUAACCCGUAGU